AUGGAGGCAGAAGAUGGCAAAUUAAAAUGUAACUGCCCAUCGGGAACAUUCGGUGAAGACUGCAGUCUAGGGGUUUGUGAAAUUGAAAACCCAUGUUUAAAUGGAGGCACGUGUGUUCCGGCAAGCAAUAUCGCUGAUACUCCCAGCUGUAUAUGUCCACCAGGCACAUUUCAACCAGUUUGUGAACAAUGUUAUUAUAAUUUUACUAGAGACGCAUAUAUACAACUAGAUAGUCAAGUAAUGUUGGCAAUAAAUUCGCUGAACCAGACUCAAUGUGAUGAAGAGUGUGAUAAAGAUGAACGAUGCACAUUUAACUUUAUAGGCCUUGAUGGAUGUUAUAUAUUUGAAAAACCAGUCAUUUUCGCAUCUGGUAAUGGAGAUCUUAACAAAUAUAAAGAGAGGUGUAUGCAGAUGGAAGAAUGUUUAUUGUUGACUCACAUUCUUGAAGAUAAUAAGUGUUUUCUUUUUAACGUCACUUUGAACAACGCUCUGAGUAUUCUUAGAUUAAUAGAGGGACAACAUGGAAAUAACAUUGCAGAAAAAAUCUGUUGUUAA